AUGGCAACCUCCACUACGUUGCAGUCGUUGCUGAUGAAAGAAGAUGAAGAGCAAAGAAACAAGAGAAGGACAACCUCCACUAUGUUUCUGAAGAAAGACGAUGAAGAGCGAAUCAACUGGGUGGAUCUUCCGCCGGAGUUGACGACUUCGAUCCUGCUCCGACUUAGCGUGACUGAUAUACUGGAUAACGCUCGGAAACUGUGCAGAGCGUGGCGACGUAUCUGUAAAGACCCUUCCAUGUGGCGGAAAAUCAACUUGCGAGACUGCCUCAUGUACGAGUUCGAUUUCGAGAGCAUGUGCCGUCACAUUGUUGAUCUCAGCCAAGGUGGCUUGCUAGAGAUUAACAUUGAACACUUCGUGAGCGAUUCUCUCCUCAGUUACAUCGUCGAUAGAUCAUGUAAUCUGAAAAGUCUUGGAAUUUCAAUCUAUGAACCAAUGACGAACAAAGGAGUAAUGAACGGAAUCGAGAAACUUCCACUGCUUGAAACUCUCGUGAUCUUCCACUCCUCGAUUAAACUGGAUUUAAAAGCAAUAGGCCAUGCAUGCCCACAACUAAAGACAUUGAAGCUAAACUCCUUAGGCUCAGAGCUGGCCCAUGACAUAAGCCAGGUAGGCUACAUUCCCCUUCUCGAAUGUGAUGAUGAUGCUCUAGCAAUCGCUGAAAGCAUGCCCAAACUACGCCACCUCCAGCUUAUGGGUAACGGACUAACCAACACUGGCUUGAAUGCCAUUCUUGACGGUUGUCCUCACCUGGAAGAACACCUUGAUGUACGCAAGUGUUUCAACAUUAACCUUGUCGGGAAUCUUGAAAAGCGAUGUAUGAAGAGGAUCAAAGAGUUGAGACGGCCCCAUGACUCAACUGCGGAUUACCCGUAUAGUAUCAGUGUGUCAAUGGUGGUUCAGAUGAUGAUUACAUCUCGAUAUCAUUGA